UUAAGUGGUUUAAUUUUAAAGAGCUUUCCAACAGGUGGCAAAAAUCUUUAAUUUCUUGUUGCAAAUGCUGGUUCUGUCUAAAAAACAGGACCUUUUAAGAAUGUUCAUGUAUCAUUAAGGAUCUCCUUUGAAACUUCCAUUAUACACAGUACUGUGAUGACAGAACUACAACUGCCAGAACUAAAUGAAGAAUGAUCUGAUGGUUUGUUCUUCAUAGAAAUGUGGCUGAGAGCAGCUGCUUUGGAAAUGUACCAUGUUUAUUUAAUUGCAUUAAUUAAUUAAUUAAUUGAUUUAUUUUUUGCAGAUUCUCUCAGGUUCUCCAUUUCGUCUGAACACAAAGACAUUUGGAUUGUUCAUUCCUAAAAUUGAGACUAUGUAUCCUGAUCUGAUGGUGAAGCUGUUAGUUGAGACAGUGAAGGAGCCUCUUGUUACAUUUGAACCGAACAACAUGACUGUUCAGGCCAGCAGUACAGUGACAGCUUACGCGAUUCAGCCUAACAGCACACUAUCUCCACUAUUUGUCCUCAAUCUGGAAGGCAGUGUCAGUGCUCACAUAUAUGUGACUGAGCUCAAACUGGCAGGAAACGUGACCCUUAACAAAUUUAAAAUGAGCGUAGCAGAAAGCUAUGUGGGACCAUUCCAGGUGGCAUUUCUUGACAAAAUUUUCACAGUGGUCUUGAGGGUUGCUGUCCUUCCUAAUGUUAAUGCUCGUUUACAGGAAGGUUUUCCACUUCCUGCCAUUGGAAAGAUGCAGCUUGUAAACAGUCAACUCCAGGUUCUGAAGGACUACUUGUUGAUUGGAACAGACGUUCAGUUCAAUGGAUAAAUCUCACCUGAAUUGCUGAAGGAUUUUAAAUGAAUGAUUGAAUGAAUGAAUGAAUGAAUGACUGAAUGAAUUUGUGGAAUGAAUGAAUGAAUGAAUGAAUGAAUGCUGAUUUACUACUGAAGACAAUGUUUUUAAAGGUGAUUUUUAAAAGAAAUAAUUUACAUCUUUUAAAUUUCUAUUUAAAAUUACAUACAUGUUCUUAAUAAAUAAACUUGUUGACACUU